AUGAGCGAAGAAGAAAAUGCUAAAGAGGCCAUCGUAGUUGAUAAUGGUUCAGGUGUUGUCAAAGCAGGAUUUGCAGGAGAAAACCAACCAUGCUCAGUAUUCCCAUCAGUUGUUGCUAAGCCAAAGACUAAGCAAGUUAUUGUCGGUGGAGCUGGAAACAAAGAUUGCUUCGUUGGAGACGAAGCCCAACAAAAGAGAGGUGUCUGUACUCUGUCAUAUCCAAUCAAAAGUGGAAUGAUUAAGGAUUGGGAUGGUAUGCAAAAGAUUUGGGACUAUACCUUCUACAAUGAACUUAGAAUUGAGACAGAAAACCAUCCAGUUCUAUUGACUGAGGCUCCAUUGAAUCCAAAGCAAAACAGAGAGAAUAUGUGUAGAAUUAUGUUUGAAGAAUAUGAUUUCCCUAGCAUGUAUAUCCAAAUCCAGGCUGUCUUGUCAUUGUACUCAGCAGGAAGAACCACUGGUAUCGUUGUUGAUUCUGGAGAUGGUGUAACACAUGUUGUGCCAAUCUUCGAAGGUUAUCAAAUCCCACACGCCAUUGAGAAAAUCCUUCUUGCAGGAAGAGAUCUUACUGAUUACAUGUGUAGAAUCCUCAAGGACGAUGACUAUCACUUCGAGACCACUGCCGAGAAGGAAACUGUCAGAGAUAUCAAAGAGAAGCUAUGCUACGUUGCUGAUGAUUACGAGGCAGAGCUCAAGAAAGCAGGAGAAGGAGGUGAGCUAGAAGAGUCAUACGCAUUGCCAGAUGGACGGCCACUCAAGAUCUCCACUCAAAGAUUCCAAUGCCCAGAGUUCUUGUUCCAGCCAGACUUGGGAGGCAGAGAAUGCAAGAGCGUCCACCAACUGACCUACGACUCCAUCAUGACUUGUGAUUUGGAUGUCAGGAAGGACUUAUACGCUAACAUCAUUCUCUCCGGAGGAACCACCAUGUUCCCAGGACUCGGAGAGAGGCUCUACAAGGAAAUGAAAGACUUGGCUCCACAGACAAUGAAGGUCAAGGUCAUUGCGUCCCCAGACAGAAAAUACGCAGUAUGGAGAGGAGGAUCAACCCUCGCUAAGUUAUCUACAUUCGCAGGAAUGUGGGUCACUAAGGAGGACUACGCUGAGUUCGGAGAAAGUAUCGUCCACAGAAAGUGCAUCUAA